AUGGCUCUGUGGGACAAGCUAAGGCAGCUGCCUACUGGUUACAAGCAGCAGCUCCAUGAGCUCUAUGACAGAGAUGGUUUGCCUAUGGAUGUUCGGCACUACCUGUCCGCUUGGAUAGAGAAGCAGGAGUGGAAGCGAGCAGCAAGGGACUAUAACCUGGCUAUGGUGCUGUUCCAGGUCCUGUUGGAGAAGUUGGAUAUCCAACACAGCCGCUUUGUUCAGGAGGAAUCAUUUUUACAGCAGCACAACAUCAGACGUUAUAAACAGAACUUCCAGAGGUAUCAAGAUGAGCCGUGUGCUUUGGCAAGCAGAAUCCUGUGGUUUUUGGAAAAAGAGAAGGAAAUCUUGGACAAUGCUGAGCUGGAUCAACAGGUGCAGCUUUUGCAUGUUGAGCAGGAAGCCAUGGAGAUGAGCUGUCAGCAGGACCUUGAACGUAAAAUGGCUGGCUUAAGGAAUGAUGUUCAGUGUUUGGAGCAUACAGUAAUUUGUUUGGAAGAGCAGCAAGAUGAGUUUGAUUUUAAGUUUCAAACCCACAAAAUGGAAGUUUUUGUAGACGAGGCGUUGAAGAACGAGCAGCUGAGAAAUAUUCAGAAACUCGUCAACAAUUUGAACGAGUGUAGAAAGACCACCUUGUCAGACCUGAAAAAGCUUCUGGACCGGGCUGAGGAUCUGAUCAACCUGCUGGUCAACAAAGAGCUGGUGGACUGGCAAAGGAGGCAGCAGAAAGCCUGCAUCGGUGCUCUGGAAAAUAUUUGCUUGGAUCAACUGGAAAAGUGGUUCACCUCUGUAGCAGUAUGUCUGUUCCAAGUGAGGGAGUUUCUGAAUAAACUGGAGGAGCUGGUAGGAAAAGUGUCCUAUGAUGGUGAUCCUGUGAAGGCCCAGAAACCUGCACUGCAGAGGAGAGCAGACACCCUUCUUGAAGACUUACUAAAGAGUUCCUUCGUUGUCGAGACUCAGCCAUCCAUGCCUCAAGGAAAAGGACCUUUGGUUCUGCGCACAAGUGUCCAGUUCUCUGUCAAGACCAGACUUCUGGUAAAGUUUCCUGAACUGAAUCACUCCAUGAAAGUGGAUGUUUCCAUGGCCAGGGAGGUUCCUCACGUCAAAGGAUAUCGACGUUUUAAUGUCCUGGGAACCAAAUCUAAAGCUUUGAACAUGGCUGAGAGCCACAGUGGAGGCAUGGUGGCAGACUUCCGCCAUCUGUCUUUGAAGGAGCAGAAAUCUGGAGGAGGUGGUAAAGGAGCCAAUGAUAUUUCUCUGAGUGUUACAGAAGAGCUGCACAUCAUCCACUUCAACACUGUAUUUGAACUGAAAGGCUUCUCAGUUGAUUUGCAGGCCUCCUCCCUUCCUGUGGUCAUUAUCUCUAACUCGAGCCAGCAGCAGAGUGCGUGGGCGUCUAUCCUCUGGUUCAGCAUGCUCAGCCAGGAUUCCAAGGACGUCAUGUUCUUUGCUAACGUUCCUGCGGCGCCUUGGCCGCAGUUUGGAGAGAUGAUGAGCUGGCAGUUUCUGUCGGCCACUAAAAAGGGUCUGGAUGAUGCUCAGCUUGAAAUGAUCGCACUCAAGCUCUUUGGAAAGCAGCAGAACUAUGACGUCUGCAUAGUACCAUGGUCCAAAUUUACCAAGGAAAAUUCACCUGACACAUUCUGGGUGUGGUUUGAUGGCAUCUUGGUGAUGGUGAAAACAUAUCUGGAGGACCUUUGGAGGGAAAAUCUCAUCAUGGGUUUUGUGAGCAAAGGCAAAGAGAAGUCCCUGCUGAAGAAGAAGCAGAGAGGCACGUUCUUGCUGCGCUUCAGUGAAAGCGUCAUCGGAGGAAUCACCUUCUCGUGGGUGGAGAUCACCCCCACUGGUGUGCCUGACAUAAAGACAGUCCAACCCUUCACCAAAGCUGACCUUUCCCAGAUACCGUUUUGUGAAAUCAUCAGGAAUUUCCAGAUUUUAGAAGCUAACAAUGUCCCAGAAAAUCCUCUUCUUUACCUGUAUCCCAACACACCAAAGGACAAGGCUUUUGGAAAGUACUACUCUGAAAAGACUGGAGAUGACAGUCCCUAUAUAAAGUACAUCAAAACCAAGCUGGUGUUUAUUUCAAAAGAGAAUGCACUGGAGGCUAUAUCACCCAUGUCCUGUGACAUGGCACAGGGUGAAGGCCUGGAGCCAAUCAAUGGCCCAUGUGGAGAGGCCGCGGAACAAGUGGUGGAACCUCAGCCUUUGCUGCCACAGAUGGAGACGUAUGACCAUGAUCCCAUGCUGAGUGUCUUUGAUGAACACCAAGAGGAGGAGUUACUGGUGGGCUUUGACACCACCAUCAACUUUGAGAACUGUGACUUCUUGCAACAUGAACCAGGACUGUCUGAUUUCUCCAUUAUGACAACCGGCCUCUUUCCUCUUCAGUCCUGUGGAGGCAUUUUCCAGUAGAAAUGUUCUCAUCGUAACCAGUGUGUAUGACUUGUUUUCCGCUUUACUUGUCAUUUUUUACAGUAGUACUUA